CUUGUGUUUUAGCUCUUUGACUGUACUUGUUUGUGUACAAAGGUAAUAUCUGUGAAUGCGUGUAGUGGAUCAGACGGGCAAGGGUGUCCAAACAAACAUUUAACUAGAGAGCUCGAAAGAGAAAUGUCACAGCCUGGUUGUGAAGCGGUUCAGGCAACAAAUGAUGAUGCUAGCGAAUGUAAACGUUGUGCUGUAAAACUGGGAUAUUGGGAUGAUCCAUAUAUUUCAUUGUUUGUGCGCGGUACAGAGAGAAAAGCUCCUGAAAUCAAUCGUGGCUACUUUGCGCGCACCAAAGGUGUGGGGAUAUUUAUCGACAAAUUUUUAAAGAAAUGUGGAGGCAAAUGUCAGUUGAUAAAUUUGGGAUCGGGUUUUGACACGUUGUACUGGCGCUUGAAAGAUUCUGGACAGACAGUUUCAAAUUUCAUUGAAUUGGAUUUUCCCACAGUUACAGCAAGAAAGUGUUACCUAAUUAAACGCAAUAAAACUCUCCUAGAGAAAAUUCAUACUGAAGAUGGAGAAGUGAAACUCAGUGCCACAGAUUUACAUGCAGGAAAUUAUCACAUAGUUGGGGUUGAUUUGACUAAUCUUUCUGAAGUCCAGUCAAAGUUAAAUGAAGCAGAAGUCAAUUACAGUUUGCCAACAUUGUUUUUAGCAGAAUGUGUUUUGGUUUAUGUAGAAGUUCCAAGAGUUGAAGAACUUCUUAGCUGGAUAGCAAAGGACUUUAGUUCUGCUCUGUUUGUAAAUUAUGAGCAGGUGAAUAUGUCUGACAAAUUUGGGGAGGUGAUGCUUUCAAAUUUACGAUCAAGAGGAUGUCUCCUUGCAGGUGUUGCAAUGUGCCAAAGUCUCGAAACUCAAAAGAAAAGGUUCUUGAAUACGUCUUGGGAUGGGGCUCGAGCUUGGGACAUGGUGCAGAUAAAUUCAGCUCUUCCUGCUUCAGAACGACAACGUAUCGAGCGCAUAGAAUUUUUGGAUGAACAAGAACUGCUAACGCAGUUAUUCCAACAUUACUGCAUUGUAAUAGCCUGGAAGGGUGAGAUAUUCAAUGACAUUGACAUAACAUAAAUCCAUUUAGGCUACAUUUUUUUUAUGAAAUACUGCAGUAUUAAUUAGACAUUAAUUAAUUUUAUAUAAACGUAGCUUCAUGCUUGUCUGAACCAGAAGUCCUACUACUGCCAUCAAUAUAAUUAGCUGUAGAUUGAAUCUCUGAUAAGAGGUAAUUUUGUGGAAAGAAAACCUCUACUCAGAGACAAGGCUCAGCUGAAUGAAGCUGCAAUUAUCCCGUAGUGGCAAUGUGUGUAGUAUUAAUUCUGGUGUGUUUGGCUACCUUAUCAGCUGCAAUACCAGAAAUCAGGAUAGAAGGAUGCGUAAGAGAAGCAAAACUGCAUGGAAAAUGCUGUGUGAGCUCACAGUGUGAGAUUUGAGGUGCAGGGCACAGAUCGUAAGGCUUUGAAUGGCUUUGAUUUUAAUACAAAUUUACAUUUUCAUGAAGCAUAUGGAUAAAUCUCCUGAGUUUCAGGUGAAAUUGGUGUUGUUAUCCACUUAAUUCCAUUCUCCAUUUUAUUUUUCCUAAAAAGAGCCACAGUCUGAACAAUAAAGUUACUUGUAAACAGUUUUCCAUUUAUAUUAAUGUGCACGUCAGUUUUAACCAUUAGGCAAGUGGAACCAUUCCACUGAAAACUUUUAAUAUUUAAAGUAUAUGUGUUUCCUUAAUGUGUGUAUGAUGUGAUUUGCAAACAAGAACAAAAUGUAUAAAGUAUUUAUUUUUUGCAUAACAUAUGUCAUAUAACUUUUUCUGUAGCAUAUUUUAUGUUCACAUAUUCUAGACAUUUUUGAGCUUUCACUGUUUCUUGUUGGCACUGCAUAAUACAUAAAGGUAAUAAAUGAAGUAAAAUAAUGCAUGCCAGUCACUGCAAAGAACAGUAUUUCUAAUCUACAUUUAAACUGCUAUUUUACAAAGUCGUAGAAAGAUCAAACUGGGCUAAUGAUGCAAUGAUCAAGUGUUACAAAAUCAAUGGUGCUGUCAGUUACAAGUCUUUCUAAUGUGUUCUAGCUCCUGUACUGAGUGAUUAAUCAUUACUUUCUCUCUGUCAGGUUCUUAGCAGUUAACAUGUAAUAUGUUGACCUAUUUCACUAGAGGCAUAUAUGAAACAUUUCCUAUGUAUAUUGCAAAGUCAUCUUUAUUUUUUCCAGAGGACCUUUAUGAUAUGAAAGAUGCUCAAAUUUCCUCCUGUCAGUAAGAACAUCCCAUAAAACAAACAGUGUGGCUGGUUUAUCCCAUGUAUUUAUUAUGUCAGAAGUGAGAUAUUUGAAAUUAAUUUACAUGUCUUCAGAUGCGUAAUGUUACUAGAAACAUAUUGUCCAAGUUCUGUUGAAGUCAAUAAGAAUGUUUUGUGCACCAAUCUUUGUCAAAUAUAUACAUUGAAUUAUCUUUAUAUAUUGAAAUAUUCUGCAUCUUGUUUAAAAUAAUCUGAAACAUCACUAAGAAAUAUAUAAAUGGUGUGCAACACAUCAAUAAAUUGGUUGAUUGUUAAAUUGAUCGAAAAAACUUCAAAAAUGAGCUUCAUUUAGGAUUAAUAAAUUAAAAAGAUAUGUCUUUCCUUGUCUGUAAGUUAUUUGGUUUGCUUCAAAAUAUUUUAUUCGGUGCUGUUUGUUAUAUAUUUGAGAAUUUAUUUUGAGAAAAAUGCCACCAAUCUUUUAUUCUCUUUAUUAACAUCACAAAUCAUUAUUUUCCAUUCUGUGUCCCAGACAUUCUCAUAAAAGAUUUUGUUGAAUUAUUGUACAUUCUUUUUAAAGCCUUAUAUUUUCUCUCACUUUUUUUUACUGUUUAUGACAAAUUGUGGAGUUUGUAAAGUGAUAAAUUGGCCCUUGAAAUUUCUAGUAUUUUCCUUUUUUAUAUUAGUCAAUUUUGUCUUUGGAGUAACUGUUAGUGAGCUUAUUAUUCUUAGUGCUGUGAGGAAAGACAAUUGCUCAUGGUGUAGGACAAAUGUGAGAACAGAGAAUGCGCACGUAAACAUGGAGUGGAAUUAUAUAGCUCAUUUUACAAAAAUGGAUUUGUGAUCACACUUGAACUCAGUCAGCCACAAAACUUGAUGUAAUUAUUUGCAAGUUCAAAUAUUUAUUAGUUUACUCACAUAAUUGUGACCCAAGAUCCUGUCAUUCUGUAUGAUGUUUCUGUUCAGUCAUCUUAUUUUCUCCAUGCAACUUGAUGAUCUUAAAUUUUGCCACCUUAGGUAUGUGAGGUGUUCAGGAUUGUGUAUAAAGUUCCAUCUUUAUUUAUUGGAAACAUUGUCAUUAAAAAAAAAUCAAUCAUGGAAAUGAAUAGUACAGAGAAAGCAAUUACCCGAAUACAUUCAUGUAAUGGAAGUGAUUAAUAAACUUGUGCCUUGAAAGAGA